AUGGCCCUCUCUAUGGCCGGUACACUGUCCCGCUGGCCGCGCGCUGCCCACCAGUCGGCCAUGAUAUUUUCCCAAGUCCGUUGCGCUUCAACUGUCCCACAUUUCAAGCCUACUCAAUCUCCUGAGUUGGACCAGGCCCUCGAUUAUUACCGCCAGAACCUCUUCAUCCCAUUCAGCCUCCCCAAGCGCCAAAAGCAAACCGUUUUUCAAGAGAAGCACCGCAAGCGCUUGCUAGACGAUCCUAUAUCGUUUAACAUUAGCGAGACGGAGGAAUAUACCUUGCGACCAAUCUCCCUCUGGGAGGUUCGCCAAAAGAACAAGGUUAACCAAGUUCUUGAUAUGAUGAUCGAAGCCAACGACUUCCAAAAUUUCGGUGCUUUUGUACGUGGGAUGCACAAUGCUGGUCUACGAAUCAGUUCGAGUAGAUGGGAGAAACUUAUUCGAAAGAUCGGUGCCGCUGAUCAACUCCACAUUUUGCUUGGAUGCGCACGACGACAAAGCGAGAUUGGCUUAGAUCUCCAGCAGAUCGGCGUUCUGGAGAGCCUCUUUUAUCAAUUCCACCGCAUGGCCGCCAAAGCCGAUUUCAAGGGCGAACAAGUGACAAAGGCCCUUCACAUGGCCCGCCAAACGGUCGACUUAAUUGAGUUUUACGGCAUUCAGAACUUGGAGGCGACUUCGAACAAGCUGAGCACACUGCCUGCAUCUCAGCCUUUCGUGAUUGCGACACUUUUAGAACUCAGUGCUGCUCGUGCAAUUGACGAGUUUGGCGGAAAGGACCAAGAUGGUGAGGCUUUGAAGUAUGUGCGAAAGCUGCUGGCAAACUGGGACUUGGUCGACUUGAAACCUUCGCCCGAGGCCGACAUGAACCAGUGGAUUGGCCGAACUGUCUCAAUCCACAAUGGCCUCAAGCUGAGCCUCUCAAUUCAAGACCUUUCUCUUGAUAAGGAAUUACAAUCCCGAGUGAAGAGUCAUCUGACAAAGACAAAGAAUGCACUUUCUCAGCAGCUGAAGAAUGAAUUGCUGGAGCAGAAGCUCAAUUAUAACGGCAAGCUUGAUCUUGAGCUUGCCAAAAACUUGGUCUCGAAAUAA